AUGUAUCGAUCUCAACAUGGUCUCCCCCCCUUCCAGCCAUCUGUUCCUAUUUUAGCAUUUCCAGUCCUUCGUGGGUCUGCCUAUCUCUCCCCUCUCCCUCUUUAUUCUAUUAGGUUGUUCGUUAAUUGUCCGUUGUUUAAAUUUCUCUUUCUCUCUCUCUCUCUCUCUCUUUCUCUCUUUCUCUUUCUCUCUCUCUCUCUCUCUCUCUCUCUUUCUCUCUCUCUCAUUCUCUCUCUUUCUCUCUCUCUCUUUCUCUCUCUCUCUCUCUCUCUCUCUCUCUCUCUCUCUCUCUCUUCUACCUCUUUAAUCCAUCUUUUUCAUUCGUCUCUUGUUUGUUGCUUAACUCUCUCUUUUUCUCUUUCUCCCUUUCUCCCUUUCUCUUUCUCCUCUCCCUCUUUAUUCUAUCGUUUCCAGUCCGUUUCUUGUCUGUUGUUUAACUCUCUCUCUUUCUCUCUCUGUUUUUCUCUGUUUCUCUGUUUCUCCUUCUCCCUCCCCCUCUUUAUUCUAUCAUUUCCAGUCGUUAAUUUUCCGUUGUCUAAAUCUCUUUCUUUCUCUCUCUCUCUCUUUCUCUCUUCUACUACUUUAAUCCGUCUUUUCCACUUCGUCUCUUGUCUUUUGAUUAACUCUCUCUGUCUUUUUCUUUCUUUCUCUCUGCACUUUCCCUCUUUAUUCUAUCAUUUCCAGUUCGUCUCUUGUCUGUUGCUUAACUCUCUCUUUUCCUCUCUCUCUUUUCCCCUUUCCCUUUCUCCCUUUCCCUCUUUAUUCUAUCUUUUCCAGUUCGUCUCUUGUCUGUUGCUUAACUCUCUCUUUUUCUCUCUCUUUUCCCUUUCCCUUUCUCCCUUUCCCUCUUUAUUCUAUCUUUUCCAGUCCGUCUCUUGUCUGUUCCUUAACUCUCUCUUUUUUCUCUCUCUCUUUCCCUUUUCCUUUCUCCCUUUCCCUCUUUAUUCUAUCUUUUCCAGUUCGUCUCUUGUCUGUUGCUUAACUCUCUCUUUUUCUCUCUCUCUUUUCCCCUUUCCCUUUCUCCCUUUCCCUCUUUAUUCUAUCUUUUCCAGUUCGUCUCUUGUCUGUUGCUUAACUCUCUCUUUUUCUCUCUCUCUUUUCCCCUUUCCCUUUCUCCCUUUCCCUCUUUAUUCUAUCUUUUCCAGUCCGUCUCUUUCCGUCUCUUGUCUGUUGCUUAACUCUCUCUUUUUCUCUCUCUCUUUUCCCCUUUCCCUUUCUCCCUUUCCCUCUUUAUUCUAUCUUUUCCAGUUCGUCUCUUGUCUGUUGCUUAACUCUCUCUUUUUCUCUCUCUCUUUUCCCCUUUCCCUUUCUCCCUUUCCCUCUUUAUUCUAUCUUUUCCAGUUCGUCUCUUGUCUGUUUAUGCUCUCUCUUUUUCUCUCUCUUUUCCCCUUUCCCUUUCUCCCUUUCCCUAUUUAUUCUAUCUUUUCCAGUUCGUCUCUUGUCUGUUGCUUAACUCUCUCUUUUUCUCUCUCUCUUUUCCCCUUUCCCUUUCUCCCUCUUCCUCUUUAUUCUAUCAUUUCCAGUCUGUCUCUUGUCUGUUGUUUAACUCUCUCUUUUUCUCUCUCUCUUUUCCCCUUUCCCUUUCUCCCCCUUCCUCUUUAUUCUAUCAUUUUCAGUCCGUCUCUUGUCUGUUGUUUAACUCACUCUAUUUCCAUGUGUCACUCUCUCGUUCUCUCUCCCUCUCUUUCUUUCUCUCACAUAUAUAACUCUAUCUUUAUCACAUUAAACGUUAGUUUAGUGGCUGCCCGUAUUUGA